UUAAAUAUAUUGAUGUUUACAUAGAGGACAAGGACAUAGUUAUUGUAAUAUUUAUAUAUUUGUAUAUUAUAUAUAUUGUUAGUUAAGUGUUAAUUUUUUUAGUGAUAUUUAGUUUAUUUAAAUAAGAUAAUGGCGACGCUCAUUGAUAAUUACGAACAACAAUACGCGGUUUUGACUGCUGAUAUUACGGCUAAAAUAAGUCGAAUUAAUGUUGUCACUGGAGCCGAGAAAAGAGCUUUUGUCCAGGAUGUCGAUAGACAACUAGAAGAAGCUCAGGAAUUGUUAGAACAAAUGGAACUGGAAGUCCGCGGAACAGGAGGAACUCAACGGGAUCGAUUGCGUAGUCGAGUAGAGAGUCAUCGCGCAGAACUAAAAAGACUAACAAACGAAUUCAAAUUAUCACGAAAACCAAAAGAGGAGAUUGUAGAUUUGAAUGUCAUCGAUGACUGGGACAAUGGAGUUGUGACUGAGGAUCAAAAAUCUCGAUUACUCGACACCUCGGAGAGAAUCGAUCGCACAGGGAGAACUUUGCAGAAUGGCUACCGCAUGAUUUUGGAAACUGAGGACAUUGGCGCCCAAGUUUUGAAGGACUUGAGCGAUCAGAGGGAAACGAUUCAAAGGAGUCGAACACGCUUGAGAGAAACGGACGCGGAUAUAGGACGGGGAUCAAGAAUAUUAUCGGGAAUGAUUUUCCGUUCUCUGCAACAGCGAUUUAUUCUCGCUGCCGUAUUCGUAGUAUUACUUAUUGUUGCUUGCUUUGUUAUAUAUUUUAGUUUUAAUUCCAAAAGUUAAUUUAUUUAUUCUAUUUAUUCACGGCCUUGAACACCAAAGCUUAUAAUUAUUUAUUACAAGAUCUCAUUUUUUUAAUUCUGUAACGCAACUAAUAUUUUUUAUUACAUAAUAAAUACAGGCGAUAGUCUGACGACAAAAAUUCUAUGAUCCAAAAAAUAUUCAUUCAUUUCCUUGUGAAAAUUUUUUGAAAAAUUUUAUCGAAAUAAAAAAACAAGAUUUGAAUUUUUUCCCGCGCUAACGUUAAUACGCAGUGGGACAAAAUGACACCCAAUUUGUAACAAAAAAAUUUUACUUAAUUUUUCCCGCCAAUUUUUAAGAGAAUAAACAUGAAAUUUUUUUUUCAAAAUUUUGCAGAGGUCGCACUAUUUGGACUGACCCCAUAUUUUUUCUAGACAACAAAAAUUUCCGUAAAAAAAUGUCGUUCAUUUUUCCGGAUGUCAAAUUUUCAAUUUUCUUAAAAAAAAAAUUUUAUUUUUAGAUCUCGUGAUUUUUUGUAAUCCGGCUAAAGCCUAAAAUAAACUGUACGUUAAUUUUAUUUCUAAACUUCAUGAAGUCGAUAAAUCUGAAAUUGGGUCAGAGGUAACUAGGCCACUUACAUUAAUCAAUACAAAAAAAAAAAAAAAUUUACCAAAGCGCCUCUUGAUGUGCCGAGUAUUUAAACAAAUAUAUAUAUAAAUAUAUAUCGUCGUUAUUGUUAUUAUAAUUUAUUUGCCAUAAGAU